AUGUUCACACAUACAUUACUGCUCGUUAUAGCCUCAUUUCAAAUAACAGUACAGUUUUCUCAGUACGAAUUCGAUAGAAGAUUGAGAGGAUUGAACGUUCAGCCAGGAAAUAUCUUUAAUAGCGAUUACGAAAAUCAGCAAUUUCGUUUCCGUGUUAAUCCAGUAGAUCACCAGGACGGUUCAAAUUCUAAUCGUAAUAAACGUGAAACAAAAAACGACGAAGACCAGCAAUUUCGUUUCCGUGUUAAUCCAGUAGAUCACCAGGACGGUUCAAAUUCUAAUCGUAAUAAACGUGAAACAAAAAACGACGAAGACCAGCAAUUUCGUUUCCGUGAUAAUCCAGUAGAUCACCAGGACGGUUCAAAUUCUAAUCGUAAUAAACGUGAAACAAAAAACGACGAAGACCAGCAAUUUCGUUUCCGUGUUAAUCCAGUAGAUCAUCAGGACGGUUCAAAUUCUAAUCGUAAUAAACGUGAAACAAAAAACGACGAAGACCAGCAAUUUCGUUUCCGUGUUAAUCCAGUAGAUCACCAGGACGGUUCAAAUUCUAACCGUAAUAAACGUGAAACAAAGGACCUAUUUCAAUAUUUCAGUUAA